AUGCCUCCUGGGGUGUUCCCCAAGCGGCAGGUGCAAGACUGCAUGAUGGGAGUGAGAGGUGGCCAGCUUGUGGACAGGAAGCUGUGGAUAAAGUCUGAACAGAGGACCACAGCCGCACGGGACGGGGAGCACAGGGACAUCAAUUAUUCAGCUCUAUCGGUCCAGGACAAUCUGCUGCUUCAGCAGGACUACCAGCUGAGGAGACACUUUCUCUCCGACACAGUGAUGGUAGAGUAA